ACACCCAGGCGCUGAUGCUGAGACAGGAACGGCUAACCUCCGGGGUAAAGUCAUUAAAUUCGGAUGGCUGGAAGGUGUUUAUAUGAGAUGUCUUCUCAACAUCUGGGGAGUGAUGCUCUUUUUAAGAGUGUCUUGGAUGGUUGGCCAGUCUGGUAUUAUUUAUGCAAUGAUCAUUGUCGUAAUGGCAAACUCAGUCACCAUCAUCACCACUCUCUCAAUGUCUGCUGUAGCAACGAAUGGUCGAAUACAAGCUGGUGGAGUGUACUACAUGAUAUCUCGGUCUCUGGGACCCGAAUUUGGUGGUUCUAUUGGACUCAUGUUUACAGUGGCAAACUCCAUUGCAGCAGCGACAUACAUCAUUGGUUUCUGUAAUUCUUUGCAGGAUAUGAUGAAAGAUUACUUCAAUGGUGCUGUAAUCUUUGAUGGUGGAGUUAAUGACACACGACUUGUUGGCACCAUCACUUUGAUUGGCGUACUCGCCCUAGCUAUUGUUGGGAUGGACUGGGUCACAAGGGUGCAGAUGGGCCUACUGUUUGUGCUGAUUGGAGCACAAGUUGACUUUCUUGUUGGAGCAUUUAUGGGUCCUCUUGAUGACUUGGAGACUGCCCAAGGCUUUGUUGGCCUCAACGGUCAUGUUCUCACCCUAAAUGCUGCUCCUGAUUACCGGAAGUCUGAAGGCAGAGAUCAAGGCUUCUUCAGUGUAUUUGGAGUGUUCUUCCCAGCUGUCACAGGCAUUGUUGCUGGAGCAAAUCUCUCUGGAGAUCUUAAGGAUCCAGCAAGUGCUAUUCCCAAAGGCACACUGGGUGCCAUCUUCACCACCAUGUGCACUUACCUCAUUUAUCCAAUUAUAAUUGGAGCAGGUGUAAUGAGAGAUGCUUCAGGUAACGAGACCAUAUACCUUAGGUAUAAGGACAAUGUUAGUAACAUCUGGGAGAAUCCUGUGUUUACCAAUGAAUCCUGCAGUAAAACUGGAUAUCCAGGUGAAGAUGGAACACCAAUUUGUCAAUAUGGUACUCAAAACAGUUUUCAAGUUAUGGAACUGAUGUCAGCAUGGGGGCCCCUCAUCUAUGUGGGAUGUUUUGCUGCUACCCUCUCCUCAGCCAUUGCAUCACUGGUUGGUGCUCCUCGUGUCUUGCAAGCUUUAGCCAAAGACAAACUCUAUCCUGGCAUACAUGGUUUUUCAAAGGGAUCUGGUGCCAAUAAUGACCCUGUCCGUGGUUAUAUCCUUGUCUUUGUCAUCUCCCUAGCCUGCAUCCUUAUAGGUGACCUGAAUGUUGUAUCAACAUUGCUGAGUAACUUCUUUCUUGCAUCAUACAGUCUUAUCAACUUCUCCUGCUUCCAUGCAUCUCUUAUUAAAUCUCCUGGAUGGCGACCUGGCUUCACGUAUUACAGUUUGUGGGUGAGUCUAAUUGGUGGAAUUAUGUGCUUAGCAGUAAUGUUCUUAGUGGAUUGGAUCACUGCCUUCAUCACCUUUCUCUGUAUCAUCGCACUCUAUCUCUUUGUAUCGUAUAGGAAUCCAGAUGUGAACUGGGGAUCAUCAACUCAAGCUCAGACAUAUGUUUCUGCUCUGAAAACCACUCUAGAUUUGAAUACAGUUGAGGAGCACGUCAAAAAUUUCCGUCCCCAGUUAUUGGUUCUCACUGGUUCACCUGGAUCAAGACCGCCCCUCCUGGAUUUUGCUCAAAGUAUCACCAAGAACAUCUCAUUACUUGCAUGUGGACAUGUAAUUCAGGGCCCUCAGACUCAACGUGUACGUAACUCACUCAUAAGGCAGGCAUACAGCUGGCUUCAUCGUCACAAGAUUCGUGCAUUCUACUCUGUUAUUGAAGGAAAUAAUUUGGAAGAAGGAGCCAGAAACUUGUUCCAGCUUGUCGGAUUAGGAAAAUUGCGUCCAAACACUGUCUUGCUUGGAUACAAGGCAAACUGGCGCAAAUGUGAUCGCCAGGAACUCAAGGCUUACUUCAAUACUUUACAUGAGGCACUGGACAUGUAUUUUGGAAUUGCCAUACUGCGUGUACCUCAAGGUCUAGAUUAUUCACAAAUCAUUGAGGAUGAAGAUACUCCAGUCGUCAUGAAUGGCAAUGAUGGUGGUAUAACUCGCAUCACAGAAGAACGGUCUGGGCAGUCUGCUCCAAAUCAACUUACUCAAGAAUUGGCAAAAUUGGUUGGGACAAUUAAAUCUAACACACGGAACACAUAUUAUAAGGAUGGUACUGAUAGUGAAGCAUCCUCCCCGCCCGGCUCACCAGAAGUUCAACGAGCUGCGGCUGUUUCUGGAGUGCCAGGUGCAGAUGAUGGUCAAAAGCGUCGUGCUUCUCUUGCUAAUUUAUACAGAGGUCCAGGAGGAGUCGAAUUAAGCAAAGAUGUUUUAAACAAUAUUACUAUGUUUAAACGUAAGCAAAAGAAGGGCACAAUUGAUGUAUGGUGGCUGUACGAUGAUGGUGGUCUGACUCUGCUGGUGCCUUAUAUACUAACUACAAGGUCACAGUGGUCUGGAUGCAAGUUGCGUGUAUUUGCUUUGGCCAACCGUAAAGAUGAGCUCGACAUGGAACAGAGAAGCAUGGCUAACUUGUUAUCCAAGUUUCGUAUAGACUACAGUGAUGUGAUCGUCAUACCAGAUGUUGCUAAAAAAGCAGCUGAAUCGUCCCGUAUGGAGUUUGAUCAUCUAAUUGAAGAUUUCAAGGCCAGAAGUACUGAAGAAAUUAGCAAAGAGAAUGAAGGCAUCUUGAUUAGUGAAGCGGAGCUCCUUGGUCAGCGUGAAAAGACUAACCGGCAUGUUCGUUUGCGAGAACUACUCCUGGAAAAUUCUAAAGAAGCUUCCCUAGUGGUCAUGACUCUACCAAUGCCUCGUAAAUCUUCAGUUUCUGCCCCUCUGUAUAUGGCUUGGCUCGAGACUUUAACUCGGAAUAUGCCUCCAUUUAUAUUAAUCCGUGGCAAUCAGACAUCUGUCCUUACUUUCUAUUCAUAAAAAAUCCAAAUUAUCAAUUUAAAAAGAUUCUAUAAAUAUUUUUCGUAUGCAUAGGCUCACCCUUAAUAGUAAUGUACUGUGUUGUUAAAGAUAUUCUCAGUUAUAGGUAAUUACUGCAUAUGUAACUGUUAAUCACUUGUUUAUUAAAUCAAUAAACACGCUUUAUCGAGAAACAAUGAAACAUACAGUACAUAUAAAGAAAUUAUAGUUAUUGGAAAAUAAUAUAAAUGAUGAUAUAACUCUCCAGAGGUGAUGCAAGCAUUAGUUUAAUUGGUAUUAAUGCCUACAAAUUCUAAUAUAUAUAGAAAUGUAUGGAGUAAGAAUGGAAAUUUCACUUAUACUGUUGAUAUUGAGUGAUGAAGCAAGUACUUUGACCUGCACCCUAUAUUGUGAACUUUUGACCCUGGAAACUAUGUACAGUAGUUGUAAUAACCCGUCCAUAUGUGAGCACACAUAAAAUAUUAGUUGGAGUGUGGCUGGUGGUGGUUGCAACUAUUUUACCCAACCACUUCAUUUCUUUCCACUCCCUUAAGCACAAAUUUCAUAUCUAAUCACAUAUGUAAUCGGGGUGUUAGUUGAUUUACUGUACAGUUCCUCAAGCCAAAAUAUAAUGGAAGUGCUUUAAAUAUUCAGAUAAAUAACAUGUUUAAUGUAUUGACUGGGUUAAGAAGGAAAAUAAUAUAUCGGCUUCUCCUUACAUUAAAAUGCAAAAGAUUCACCUUGAAUUAAAUUACAUUUUUAUUGGUAAAAUAUAAAUUGAAAUAUGACUGAUAUUGCCAUUUCUGUGAUAAUUUUCAUCUGCUUCACAGUAAAGUCUAUACACAUACCAGUUGCAUUUGACUAUCUUCUGUGCAUCUAUGGUACUUAGGAUAUUGUUAAAGUCUUCCUUAAGUUAUUUGUUUUAAAACAUAAUCAUCAUUCCAUCUCAAGUCUGAUGGCUGUCAUGGAUGCAUUUCUAGUGUUUUGUGAGUAUAGAGUGCAUAUUUCCUUUGUAUUUAUAAGUAGUACAUGAAUUAUUUAUUUUCAUACAUUUUCCUUGUACACUUAAAAUUAAUGUUCAAUUAUUUCUUAUCAUUCCAUGUAAUGAAUGAGCAAAGUAUUUUAUUAAAGGAAAACAGUUGCAUCAUAUGCAGUACUGUAGGGUCAUUAUGGGUACUUGCAACUCUUGACAGUUAAAUUAUAUACUGCUGCUAAGAAAAGAUUUUGGAUUUGUAAAUUUGUCAAAGAUUUUAAUCCUUAUAUAUAUAAUGCAUAAGAGUUUAGAAGAGAAUAUUUGUAACAAAAUUUGGAAUAUUGACAUAGAGUAUUGACAUAGUAACAGACAACAUAAAGAGCUCUUGCCCUGUUGUGUAUUUCACCAUGACAAGAUGUAAUAUCUUCUAUAUUCCAUAUUCAAUAUUUACAGCUUUAAGGUCAUCGUUAAUAUGAUUACUCCAAUAAAUAUAGAUGACAACAUGCUUUCUGGGUACUUCGGGACUGAGACCGAACGAAUAACCUGUUUUGUUUGGAUAAGUGAUUCGUCAUUCAGAAAAUCUUAUCUAUGAGAAGAAAUUCUACAAUUUUAUGGGAAAAUUUCAACAAGAAGUUCUGAUCCACUUAUUACUUGAAGAUUAUUGCCAAUGGUGCAUAGUUGUUUAGAUAGUAAAGGUGGUGGUAGAUGUUGAUGGUGUUGGGUACCUGAAUUGGAGAUUAAUCACUGUAUUGUGCACACCAUGAUAUCAUGGGGAAAGAGGAUGCACACACCAGCAUAUCACAUUAGUUAGUACAUCAUAAGAUUCAAAACUCCCACAAAUACACAGGGCUCACAUCCUGUUCCUCAGGACUCCACUAAACAGAUGGCAUUUUGAAGAAAAUUUUCUGCAUCUCUCCUGGCUGUGAGAGCCUCAGUACUGCCGGAGCAGCAAGGUUGGCACAUGUAGUUGGAGCUCACAGCGCAAACUGCACAAGUCAGGGCCAGACCACAUUUAAUAAUCUUGCAUAAAAUAAAUAACUGCAAUUAUUUUGUGAUGAUAGUGUUAUAGAUGAUCCUGACUGUAAUAAAAAUUAUGUACAAAAUCUGGAUAUCAAUGAAUACAAUGCUAGUUAUGAUGUUUACAGCAGAAGGCAGACAUUUACAGCACAAGGCCAAGGUUUGUGAAUCUAAGCAUCAUGCAAGGGCACCUCAUGUGCCCUUUUAGAAAAUAAUCUUGCAGAAAAUUAUUAAUAUUCAUGAUGUAGUACAGAAAUCUGAUAAUAAUAUCAGUGUUUGUAAUAAUACUAGCAAUGUGUGUAGUAUGUUUCUGGGUAUUUUGCCCCAUCAGGUGAUGUAGGCUACUUGAGUCACCUGGUCAUAGCAUUUAGCUCUAUACUCUUAACAUUUCAUUACCCCACUCUCCCGAAUUACUUAGUGGUUUCUUAUGGUUUAUAAAAAUAUAGAUAGAUGUAUAUAACGUGUGUAUAUAGUGUAAUAACAGCAAAAACACUUUUAUUGAUCUUAAAAUAUAAUGCCACAAUUAUGAGCACCAUAUUUUUAAGCAUAGCGAUGUUCUACACAUUAAACUAUAUAAAUUCCUAAAAUUACAUACUAUUGAAUAAUAUUACUGCAGAAAACUAAUUAUAUAACAAUUCAAAGAGUUCAAAAUAAUUAUGUAAAACUGAAUGUGCGGCAACCCCCGCCACACUAAGUUGUUGGGGGCUAGGCUGACCUUGGAUCGUUGUUAUGAGUCUAUAAACUCUCAACAGAUCAUCUUAGUGGUUUGUUAUGGUGCACAAAAAUGUUGAUAGUUAUAUAUAACAUAUGUAUAUAGUAUAAUAACAGAAAAAAAUAUUGGGGGGAAUAUUUUUUCUGUGCACGAGGGGCUUGUCAUAUUUAAUAGUGGCAGAGCAGAGUGGUUAAUGCUAAUGAGGUACACUCAGAUGUUGAAGUAAUUUCGUUAUUAUAUGACAAACCCCUUGUAGGUGGUUCAUUGAGAGGUUUCUUGGAACCUUUUGCAAAAAGUCUUUUUCCCUUGAUGUGUGCACAGCGACCAGGGUUGCUUCAUGAGUGAUGAAGGAUUUUUUGGGUGUAACUUAGGAUUUAAAAGUCCCAUGACCACACUGGGCUAACAUUUGCUUCCUCAGGUCUCCAGUAAACAGAUACUAUCUUAAAAAAAAUAGUGGGCACCCCUCUGGGUGUGAGGGCCUCAGUCCUGAGAAUAUCCAAGAGGAGUACACAGAGCUGCAGCUCAAAGCACUGCUGUGCAACUUAUCUCCACAGUAUCACUUAAUAAUGAUGAAAUAAAUAAGGAACUGGUUAUUAAUUAUCUUGUGAUGUUAUUGCCAUAGUAGAUCCUGACUGAGAUAAAGACUAUGUCCAAGGUUCAGGUAUCAGUGAACACAAUGCUGGCUAUGAUGUUCACAGCAGAUGGUAGACAUUCACAGCAUAUAGCUAUGGUUUUGUGCAAUUAUGCAUCAUUAAUCAUGACCUCAUAUUCCUUUAGAAAAUAAAUUUGUGGAAAAUUGUUCAUAUUCAUGAUUUAGCGAUAGGAAUCUGAUAAUAGGAGCAGUGUUGCAUAGUAACUGCAACACUGCUGGGAUUUUUGAUAAUCUCAAUCACAAGUAAUUUGCAUUUGCACAGCACAUCACAGAUAUUGUCUGUCUGCUCUGCUUAUAACCCCACAGAAGGAUCAUCUUCACCUCUGUGAGCUAUAGUAUCUGUGGCUAACAUACGUUAGCACAAAGCAGUCUCGUCAGCAUUAUAAAUUUGCUCGGGAGAUAAAUUUUCAUCAUGCAACAUCUCCACAAAUUUAUUUAAAUAUUCUUCUGCACCAAUAGAAUUAGAAUGGUUUUCCCUAUGUACUUCAAAGUACCUAAUGUCACGGCAGAGCUUAAAGCUUCUGAGUCAUCCAUCAUUGUAUAAACAGUGAUGGGAAAUGAAGAAAUGACAAUAUUUCAGUCCAUUUUGGACCAUUAUAAAGUCUUGAUAAUGAUGUAGGAUGAACCAAAAUGAUGUCAUUUCUUCAUUUUCUGAUAUGUGGUUUGGAAAAUGAUAUCUUCAGCCAGUUGAUUUUGACUUAUCAUCUGCACUGCUCAGGAAUUUUCAUUGAUUUGUGAAAUCCUUGAUUUUUUUCCAUGAGCACCGAGCCUGCCACUAACUUUUUAAUCUCCUCUUGUUUUUGCUUGUACUAUUCCCACAAUCAGGAGAGUUGCUGGGGCCAUUUGGGAACAUUUUUGUCAGAGUCACCCAGAUUUAAAGAUAAGAUCUGUUUUAGAGAAAUUAUUUAUUUAAAAUAUUAAUUAUACUUUUUGUUUGGGAAAAAAACAUUAAAAAUGUAAGUGAACAGCAUUGUUGGAAACAAAUUAAUAGCCCUAUCACUGCAGUUAUUUAUACCAAUUCACUGAAAAAAAUACUAGAGUAAAUAAAAUGUCUAAGAGCACUUUUUUUUCUUUAAAGUACAUUUGUUACAAAACCACUUGUUUUAAACAUUAUCUUGCAAGUUUGUGUUGGGUUAUGACAAGCUUUUACUGGUUUGGAUCUGUUAGAAGGCAGUUUUACUUGACAAGACUAGAGUAGAUUACUCUAACAUGGUAAGUGCUCACAAGUGCUCAGUUGGGAGCACUUGGUCUAUAUGGCUUAAAGCUGGAUCUGCUCAUACUGCAUUAUCAACACUCUGCACCUUAAUUUUACUCCCUGCCUUUUUGUUUUGUAUUUCUUUAUCACUUUCAUUUCUAGAAAAGUAGUCAAAGAUGAUAGAUUUAGGCUUAAUGAUGUCUGAAAGUGUAGUCUUGCUAACUUGAUAUUCAGUGCACUCAACACUUUUUGGGAUCACACUCGCUACCUUCUUAAUUAGUUCAACUCUCUUCUCAGAUGUCAUCACUGACCUUUUUCUCCUACUUAUCAUUCUUGUAAAAGUUUUCACUGAUAAAAUGUCUUCAUUUGGAGCAAACAUGGUGCAGCGUUGUUCCAAAAUUUUGUCCACAUAUCCAACGAAAUCAUAGGAAUGGAUGCUCCAGUGCCUCAUGACAAAUCAAAACAAUGGGAUGUGAAUCCAUGACAUCACAUAGUUAGGAGGCAGUCAUGUGAUACCUGGUAUGGUUGGUAAGCAAACUAGGCCCAUUCCCUCCCCUUUUCUUCCCCAUCUCCACCACUUUACUGCCAACAUUUCUCGGGUGGUCAGUGAUGUUUGGUGUACACCCACACCUCACCAAUUUAUUGCAUAUUUUUAUUCAGACUGCCUGCUCGCAUCACCAGUUUAUCACUAAUUUUAUAUGGACAAAUCCAAAUUGAAUAACUGGCAUAUCCAGAUAUAUAGUGUCCAAGAAGCAUGUGGUUUUCUGUACUUCAGUCUCCAUUUUUUAAAUUUAUUAUUUUAUAUUUUGACUGAUUUAUACAGUAUGGUAAUCAAAUUCAUUCCAGAAUUAUUCUUUACAUAUGAACUGCAAUUAAAAUUAUAUUUUAAACAUUUGUAAAGGUUUUAUCUAAAAAUCCUGUGAAACAACAUUCAUUUAGUUUUAUAUGUUACGCAGCUGAAUUUGUGCAUAAUUUUUGCUAUAGGGAACUACUGUACAAAUUUGUAGAGCUUAUUCCAUAUGGGAACAUCCCAGUGAGAGGAUUUGGUUUUGUGUGGAAUUUUUUAAUAUGUUAAAUGCUUUAGUGUUAAUCUUCUGUAGUGCACUUGAAGUACAGUACUUGCCAAAGUAUGUCACAUGAUGGUUGGCAA